AUGAUUUGCUUGUGGGCGGAAUACUGCCAGGUUGCCGUGGGCAGGGAGUUCACAACCCGCGCUUUCGGUGAGCCAAAACCUGACCCGCAAGUCAGCGAGGCGGUGUUGGUUGCGUCAUCAUUGGAAGAAAGUGAUGCCUUGCUUUUAUGCUCCGAGUUCAUUUGCCCAUCUAACCGUGCCCUCAUUGUAGCCCCAAGACCGGUUCGAAUUUACGCGGACGGUGCGUAUGAUAUGUUCCACUCUGGCCACGCACGACAAUUGAUGCAGGCCAAAUGUGCUUUCCCAAACUGUUACCUGAUUGUCGGAGUCUCGAACGAUGCGGAUCUGCAUCGUCUGAAGGGACGCACAGUGAUGAACGAGACCGAGCGGUACGAAGCGGUGCGUCAUUGUCGUUACGUGGAUGAGGUGAUCACGGACGCACCGUGGUCCAUCACGAAUGAUUUCCUGCAGAAGCACAAGGUAAAUUUGCCCGUCCUAGUAUUUCCUAUCCUAUCUGUGACGUUUUUAUUUAUUUUACCCUUGGUUACNUAUUUAUUUUACCCUUGGUUACCAACUUUCAUCGAUUGUCACCUUCAAUUUGGUUAA